ACCUCACGGCUCGGUACUCGUCUACGUCACUGGGUCUCCUGAAGAGAAUGAGCUGAGUGUAGCCUCGCUAGUCUAGCAGCACUAUCAUCACAGCUACUUUUUUUGUUUUGUCGGAGCGUGUUCCCGUUUGGUUAGAUCACAAACAACCAUGGCUGGAAGUGCAGGGGAAUGGUGUCUGAUGGAGAGUGACCCGGGAGUGUUCACAGAGCUGAUCAAAGGCUUCGGCUGUAAAGGUUCCCAGGUUGAGGAGAUAUGGAGCAUGGAGCCAGAGAACUUCGACAACCUCAAACCAGUUCACGGAUUGAUUUUCUUGUUCAAGUGGCAGCCAGGCGAGGAGCCUGCCGGCUCAAUAGUACAAGAUUCGAGGCUAGAAAAUAUCUUCUUUGCCAAACAGGUCAUAAACAAUGCCUGUGCCACCCAGGCCCUAGUCAGUGUGCUGCUCAACUGUUCCCACUCUGACAUGUUGCUGGGGGAAACACUGACAGAGUUCAGAGAGUUCUCACAAAGUUUUGACGCUGCAAUGAAAGGCCUGGCUCUAAGCAACUCUGAAGUUAUCAGACAAGUUCACAAUGGCUUUGCCAGACAGCAAAUGUUUGAAUUUGAUGCAAAGUCUUCAGCGAAGGAUGAGGAUGCCUUUCACUUUGUCAGCUACGUCCCUGUCAAUGGUAGACUGUAUGAGCUGGAUGGACUCCGGGAGGGACCAAUUGACUUGGGUGUUUGCAACCAGGAUGACUGGAUCAAUGCAGUUCGCCCAGUGAUCGAGAAGAGAAUACAGAAGUACAGUGAAGGGGAGAUCCGCUUCAACCUGAUGGCCAUCGUUUCAGAUAGGAAGAUGGUGUAUGAGCGGAAGAUAGCAGAGCUUCAGACCCAGCUUACAGAGGACGAACCAAUGGACACGGACCAGAGUAGCACUUUUCUGAGCUCCAUCCAGUCAGAGAUUGCCAAAUACCAGUUGCUUAUUGAGGAGGAGAAUCAGAAACUCAAAAGAUAUAAGGUUGAGAAUAUUCGACGAAAGCAUAACUACCUACCUUUCAUUAUGGAGCUACUAAAAACACUAGCAGAACAUCAACAGUUGAUACCCCUAGUGGAGAAGGCCAAAGAGAAGCAGAGUGCCAAGAAAGCACAGGAGGCCAAGUGAGAUCAGGCUGCAGCAUUGAUGCUGCCCCAAAAAACACACGCACACCCAUCCACCAUCAUCCUGUCUACACUUGCAUGCCUAAACGCAGGCAUAUUCAACAAAUGCACGGACAAACACAAUCCUGGUCAAUAGUCCAUCAAAACUCUCAUUUCCUACCAGACACAUCAGUUGCCGUGGUAGACUGAAAAGAUUGAACUGUGUGUACAUAUUACGAAAGGAAACACCUUCCAAUUGACCAUAUGUCUGUCAGCUGCAAUGCAUGAUUGAAGGAAAGCUGUGUUCAAAUGUUGUCUUAUUUUCAUAAUAAAAUGUCUAGAUGUUUGGGUUUUGUUUUUUUUUCUUUAUUUUUUCCUUUAGCUAUUUUUUCCAACUGUAGCUAGUUUUGUAUGCAUUCCUUAUUCGCUGUGUUCACCAGUUUUGUGUUGGUUACAUUUAACUAAAAUAAAGAUUAAGGCCAGUGUGGCACUUCACCAUGCACAGCUCAUGCAGUAGUCAACGGACGGACCACAUUUGAGUCCUGAAAGACAUUGUUUAUUUAAAUCUUCUCAGUGGAAAGAUGAUAUUGAAGCCCCCUUAGGAUAGGUACUUGUAGAAAAGAUGCAAACGGUGGAUACAGACCCCACACAUGGACAUCAUGUAAUGGUGUUUUCUUUCAGUUAAAGGAAAUUGCCUUCUUUCAUGUAAAGACAGACCAGCGAUUCUGUGCAUGGUCUCCCUUUGUACCAUUGGAUUAAAUGCGGACAGCAAAAAAAAGCUCAACAAAAGCUCUGACUGCUGGAUAUUAUUGAAAAGCUCGGAAAAUAACUCGUGCUGAAGACUGUGAAGAUUGCUAUCUCUCUAUGGCUUUAAAUAACUCGGGGAACCUGCUAGUCUUGUUGUGUAUUUACUGCAUAUAGCACAUCUUAGUGUACCGUAGUCUAGAUGUGUAGUCCACAAACUAAAACAGUGGCUGGUUCUAUUUUUGUCUCGUGUUUACAUACGCACCUCUCGUACUGCCUUUACUCAAAUUUGCGGCGAUGUUGCUAAGUUUCCCAUGGCAACCAGCGACACUUGAGUGGUGAAAUUAGAACAGGCUGUACGUAGCAGAGAGAAACGUGUUUAUAUAGUUGCAGGCCUACUUUUAUUAGUUCUGUAAAAUAUUACUGAACAACUCAAAUCACCUGUCAAAUCACCUUUGUAAUAUUAUACCAUGUUCUUUUGAUGGACCUUAAAAGCAGUAGCGAGGUGGCUGGUUGACAACUGCGGGGGUGUAGUUGGGUGGAGAGCCUGCCUCUGUGUACUGCACCACAAGGGGGCGAUAUUGCACUCAUGUAAUGUCCCACAGAAAAGGCGUCAGGUUUAAUUGGGAGAUAGAUGAUGGUGCCCUGGCCUGCUCACCCCCUCUACGAUGAGCUCAGAGCGACCGAGGGGUGUCUAGCGGGGGGUGUCACACACCAUAACACUGCUCUCCUUCGGGCCGCUGCAGCCCUGCUUCCGCUUCCUCUCACCUCCUGUCUGCACCAACUCUACGUAUACUAUAGGGUUCAGA